UCUUGCGCGAGAUAUCGGCGACAGGAACGAACAAUAUAUCACCGCAUCCCAUUAUAUCACCGCAAAAAACAACAAAUAAUUACUUAAUAUUUCGACGAAGAUGGGCAGCACGUACAAAACCGUGGCCCGCUGCUGUUUUACUCUUGUUCUCCUAGUUAUUCUAACCUCCCUAAUUAUUUUAUUAUUGAAGAGGAAGUUUAAUUUUAACGGCUGGUUUAGUGACACGGAAAACUAAGGACAUCCCUACUAGCAUGCCAAAGAAAAAAUUAGAUUGGACAUACAUGCUGCCAUCGGACAUGCUUGUUCUCAGGGAGAUGUCAAUUCUGUACAGCAACUUUUAUUGUCUUUACAAAAAGAUGCUGAGCUUAUCAUUAACAUGGCACCUAGUGGUGCCAAUACAUUACUAUUUUCAGCCUGUGAAGCUGGUAAUAGCCAGAUAGUUAAAACCCUACUAGAGUAUGGGGCGGAUGGUAGAUGCCAUUCUGUAACAAAGUAUUCUCCUUUGUAUAUAGCGUGUUAUCAGGGUCAUCGUGAUAUUGUCGAGAUGCUUUUAUUGAAAUUUCCCGAGCUCGUACAGCAACACACAGUUGAAAGAUGGCUUCCUAUUCAUGCCGCCUGCAUUAACGGUCAUGUGCAGGUUUUAGAACUACUGUUCUAUUUUCCGUAUCCCUCUCACUUGCUUAGAAAAUACAGAGAUUCUACAGAACAAUGGGAAUAUUUUAUGCCUUAUGAUGUAAACGAACGCGAUGCAACUGGCCAAAAUAUCCUCUAUGUUGCUUCACUUUUGGGUAACAAGAAACUGGUUGAAGCUAUUUUAAAAUUUAAAGUCAAAGCGACCCGUAUUAUUGAGUCAGCUAGUUCAGGUGAUGAUUUAACCCCGUUGUCUGAACCAAUCUUAAGCCCUACGAAAAGACGAAUAUCUGACGGCAUAAUGAAUAUAAUGUCAAAACUGCAUCUAACUAAAGACAGCUCUCCAGAAUCUGAGUUUGAUGGCAAUACAAGAACGAUUUGCCCAUUGCGUUUUGAUAUGUAUUGUAAUAAUAACACUGAAACAGCUCUACAUGCAGCUAUAAAGGGUAAACAUUAUGACAUAACUUUAGCGUUAUUAAAUGGGGGAGCCAAUCCUAAUGCUGCAAUUAAACCGUAUCAUGACUUAAAUGAGGAUGUAGGUUGUUGUUCAGUCGAUGAAGAUGUUAAUUAUACUUCGUCCGGACUUGUUGAAGCCUGCAAAAAUCGCGAUGUGGCUAUAGUUGAUUUAUUGUUAAAACGUGGUGCUAGAGAUGACGAAUGCAAAGCAUUAAGUGUUGCUGUUGCCAAUAAGGAUGAAACGCUCAUAGCUAAAUUGCUGUCUACAAAAGCCCAUCCCGAUCCAGAAUAUAAAAUAAAUAAGAAGUCCAUGACCGAAAACAUUAACUCUCAUAUGACAAUAUUCUCAACAGUGUCCAGCUUAACAUACUCAAAUUUAUUUCCCAAUACACCAACAAUGAUAAAUUGGCACAAUCAAAAAUGUGGUUUGUCUGAGAUAAAAACCCAAUGGCUCAUAGAUGCCGCUCUAAGCUUAAACCAAAAAUUAAAACAGAACCCUAAGAGCUACGAUAUAGCCUUGUUUUCGAUUACAAGACUCGACAUUUCUAACAAUAAUAUAUCGGCUCUGCCAUUGGCUGUAUUUUCUCUUCAAAGUUUAAAGUAUCUAAACGUUUCUCAAAAUAAAAUCGAAAAACUGCCGCUGCCGGAAGCAUCUCCAUCUAAAAAGAAUUCAAAGAAAAAAUCGAACGUGCAAAAAGAACUAAAUUAUUCUUGCGUCGUAUUGGAAGAGCUCUAUUUGCAGGAUAAUAGGAUAGAUCAAAUACCUGAAGCAAUUUUUAGAUUACCUAACUUGAUAACUCUAGUUGUCUCAAACAAUAAAUUACAAUUAUUGCCGUUUGAGAUGUGGUUAGCUCCGAAAUUGAAGGAACUAAAUGCUUCAUUUAACUUAUUGAAAGAUCUGCCUAGAGCAUCUGUUGACACCAAAGAAGAUUUAGAUAGAAUGAGUGUUAGCUCAAGUGAUAGCCAUCUUUCUAGCUUUGCAGAAGUUGAUUCGGAAAAUGAAAUAACUGAAUUUGAUAAAAUCAUUGGUAAUGAAGAUGCGAUUCAUGCCGUGAGAUAUCGCAAGAAAGAAAGGUUUUAUUUACAAUUGGAUCUAAAUCGUCACCAUCUUUGGAGUAAAAAUGUCGAAGUCACGGAACAAAUAUUACACAGCGACGAGGCUCUAUUCGAAAAAUGCUCACAGCUCUCCUCGCUCAACCUGGCUCAUAAUCUAUUUACUAGUAUACCGGUGGUUUUACCUUGCUUAGCUGUCAACUUAACCAGACUGAAUAUGGCUUUUAAUACUUUAAGGUCCAUGUCGCACAUUACCAGUUAUCCGAGUUCGUUAAAGCAAUUGGACUUGAGUCAUAAUCAGAUUACCGUUUGGCCUAGUCUUCCACAGGUUGAGGCUAAAGAUAAUAUGGAGCUGGCUAAUUUGGCCUGUUAUAUGGAUAAUACAGCUUUUAGAGGGAAAUUGUCGGAAGUUGGAGUUAGAAGACAUUCUUCAAGAUCUGUGCGGCAUACAGUCUUGCAUUCUGUCUGUGUUCAUAGAAGGCAUCUAAGAUUGGAUAACUUAAGGACUCUAAUUCUAGCAGACAAUCGUCUAAGUAGAAUUCAACUUAGUACUGAUGACGAUGGUGAUAUUAGCAGUACUGAGGACGAUGAAACAGAAAGGAAUACCCAAACCCAAAAGGCUAGGUUGAUUUUUCCAAAUUUAUCUAUGUUAGAUAUUAGUAACAAUAGUAUCAAGGAGAUUCCUACUAAUAUAAAUGAGCUGACCAAUUUGUCUGUCCUUAAUAUAAGUGGAAAUUUAGAUAUCAACGAGCUCCCACCUCAGAUGGGAUUGCUAUCGCGCCUGUGGAAUUUAAACACACGUGGUUGCUCGCUACAAGAUCCAUUGAAAUUUAUGAUCGAAAGUAAAAAAUACAAAACGAUGGACAUUAUUGGGUAUUUAAAGUCGGUCUUGGAAGAUGCCAAGCCCUACGCAAGGAUGAAAUUGAUGAUUGUCGGGGUUCAGGGCAUCGGAAAAACGAGCUUGUUGGAACAGUUGAGGCAAGAGGGGACGACAAAAAGGCGUCCUGAACAUUGGGCAAAGAGAAUGGGAAACAAAAAUAUAAACGUGAAAACAUCCAAAGGUACUAAUAUGUCUACUGUGGGAGUGGAUAUUGGAGACUGGGUUUACGAGAAAAAAAUACGAAAUCAGUCUACCUACGGCCCUGUUGUAUUCAGAACUUGGGACUUUGGCGGACAAAGGGAAUAUUAUGCCACACAUCAAUAUUUCUUGUCAAAGAGAAGUCUUUACCUGGUAGUUUGGAAAAUUACCGACGGCCAUAGAGGUAUAAACGAGAUUUUACAAUGGCUCGUUAAUAUUCAAGCUAGAGCUCCAAACUCGCCAGUGAUUAUAGUCGGCACUCAUUACGAUGUCGUGCAAGAAUUUAAUCCAAACAUAUCCGAGGAUUAUCAGCAAAUAAUCAGAGAUAGGUUUAUAAAUGUCGUCGAUGCUGAAAAAUGUGGAUUGCCUAGAGUUCUCGAUACUAUUGAAAUUAGUUGCAAAACGAAACAUAACAUUAAAUUGUUAUGUAAUUUAAUUUAUGAUACAGUAUUCAGCUUGAAACCCCCAGGAAGUAAGGAACUGCUGUUAGAACAAAAGGUACCUGCGACAUAUUUAGCUCUAGAAGACGUUGUUAAUUAUAUAGCAGCAGAAAGAAGAAUAAAUGGUUUAGAUCCAGUGUUGACGUCUGAGCAGUAUAAAUCUAUGGUGAUAGCAGAAAUGCAACAAAGAUAUAACAAAACAUUCAGAGAUUGGGCAGAACUACACCAAGCUACUCUUUUUUUGCAUGACAAUGGAGUACUACUUCAUUAUGAUGACGCUACUUUGAAGGAUCUUUAUUUUCUUGAUCCGCAGUGGUUGUGCGAUAUGUUAGCUCACGUAGUGACAAUUCGAGAAAUAAAUCCUUUUGCAAGAACUGGCGUCAUGAAGUUAGACGAUCUCAAACACGUUUUUAAAGCUAGUAAUAUUGGUCCUAUCGAUACGAGGGGCUACGUCGUCAAUCUUCUGAAUAAAUUUGAGGUGGCACUAACGUGGGAUUCCCGAACACUGCUAAUACCUUCACUGCUUCCCUCAGAAGAAGACAUGAUACUUGCUCAAAUGUAUCCUGGGCAAGCUGUGCAACCUAUGGUUAAAGUAAAGGUUCCUUUAAGAUCUAGAGGAUGGGCUGUAAGAAAUAAAAAAUUAACUGUUUCCCCUAAAUCAGUACUGUAUAAAGAAGGGGGCCCACAAGAGUUUCAAAUGUCCAUGCCAAGUAGUUCAAAUAAAUCUAUAGCAGAACCAAUUGAAGAAAUCUUUUAUGAAGUUUCGUCUAGACAGUCAGAUAAAUCAAUGACAAGAUUGUUGCUAAUGUCUUAUUUUCCCUCCGGAUUUUGGUCGCGUCUGGUGUCUAGAAUUUUAGCUGAUGAUACAAUAGUCGAUAUUAUUAGGUCAUUCUUUGUCUUGCCUAAAGAUCUAGCUCACGAUAUUAAUUUGGCUAAAUGCUUAGAUCUAAAGGCUGAAUGGAUUCUUUGGCAAACUGGCUUGCAAUUGAAAUAUGGAGACAUAACCUUAUUUCGCAUUAAAGAAGUUUUACAUAAUAGUGCAGCUCAUUAUAGGCAGUUUAAGUUUAAAAUUAAACAAGAUGGAUUAUGGUGCGACGUCGACUUACAAAAUUCAUCUAUACUAGAGAUAUAUUUCCCCGUUGAUUCUCUAGUUGUCAAGCCAAAACGUACAGAUGGGGCAGAUAUAAGCCAAUUUAAAAUAAAAGACGAACUUGUCAUAGAAUGUACGCAGGAAUCUACUACUCAAUUACUAGCUCUGGCGGUAGAUCACAUUGACAUUCUCUUAGAGGAUUGGUAUCCUACAUUAGGCACUCGAUUUGUCCAUACAUCCGAAGGCAAAUUCUUAGUGACACGUUUAAUUCCAUGUCCUCAGUGUCUCGGGCAAAGUCAUCAAGAUUAUUUGGAUCCAAGUCACGCUUCUAGUUCGCAGAGUCAGGACAUGAUGCAUCGAGAUAAAGAGUUAGAUAAUUCCCAUUAUAACAGGGAUUAUUACAAAGUGAGGCAGUCUCAAGAGUCGUAUAAUUCCGAGUGUGACAGUGGCGUAGGGCCAGAUUCAAACGUUUCUAGUCGAAACGCCUCCGUAGAAGGACAUCCUGCAGUUCACUUGGAAGAUCAAACUGCCAGAAAUACAUUGUAUUACUCCUGGAUGGUCGAGGAGUGUAUUCUAGCUUCUUAUUCUGAAAAAGCUGUAACGUGUCCUUUGCACGGUGAUAUUAAGUUACUGAGAGUUGCACCCGAUACUAUGUUUCUUGAUUUAGGCGAGAGAUACAUAAUUAAAAAAGAGAAUAUUAAAAAAGGACGGCUUUUGGGGCGUGGUGCUUUUGGUUUUGUAUUUAGAGGAACGUGCAAAGUUAGAGGAUCAAAUAAUAUGAUAGAUGUGGCUAUGAAGAUGUUACAACCAGUGCAACCUGGCCCAAAUGCACGGCAGUCUGCCAUUAUGGCUUAUAAAGCAUCUCAAGGAAAAUGGGACAGAGAUCCAUUACAGUAUGCUUGCAAGGCUUAUUGUACUGCCAGACAAGAACUUAAUAUUUUGUUAAGCCUACGACAUCCAAAUAUUGUUCCGUUUGUCGGUGUUUGUACGUCUCCUUUAGCUUUAGUACUGGAUUUAGCUCCACAGGGCGCGUUGGACUUGGUAUUAAGGCAUUACAGAAGAUCAGGCGCGAAGGUUGGCCCAUAUACUAUGCAGGCUAUUAUUUUACAGGUAGCAAAAGCUAUUGAAUAUUUACAUAGACAACAUAUAAUUUAUAGGGACUUAAAAUCUGAAAAUGUUCUUGUAUGGGAAAUGCCCCCUCCGUUUGUUGACGAUGCAGAUCAGGCAGUGCAUAUUAAAGUUGCAGAUUAUGGUAUAAGUCGUUUAACAUUACCUUCAGGUACAAAAGGAUUUGGAGGUACUGAAGGAUUUAUGGCACCCGAGAUUAUGAGAUAUAAUGGAGAAGAGGAAUAUACAGAGAAAGUAGAUUGUUUCUCAUUUGGAAUGUUUAUCUAUGAACUUUUGACUUUACACCAACCGUUUGAGGGCCACGAGUCUGUUAAAGAGUGUAUAUUAGAUGGCGGAAGACCACCACUAACUUACAGAGAAACUCUAUACCCAAGUUAUUUUCUGGACUUGAUGGUACUUUGCUGGUCUCAACAGCCCAAGGAUAGACCUUCUGCCAGUCAAAUCGUUUCUAUUGCUAGCGCUCCCGAAUUUACACAUUUAUGUGAUAUAAUAUCUCUGAAACAUCCAGCAUCGGUUGUAGCUGCUACAAGUGCAGCUCUAACUUACAUAACCGAUGAUGGACUUUCUGGUUCUGAAAUGUGGUUAAUGUGCGAAAAUUCAAGAGUGGAUUUAUUGUUAGCUGCGGAUCGUGGAUGGUUGCAAUACCAUACUAUGUCUUUACCUAUAAGGCCCUCAGCUACAUGCACUGUAGGUGAUACAGUGUGGAUAGGCGAUUGUUGUGGAACUAUUCACGCAUAUUCUUCCAGUGACGGAAGGAAGCUCUUCUUUUACUCUUUAGAGACUGAACCAAACACCAAAAUCCAAGCUCUACUUUAUCUCCCGUCCUUGAAGAGAGUGGCUUGUGCACUUUCAAAUGGCAGAUUAUUUUUAGUAAAUUCUGAACAAAGGCCUGUAACACCCACUGCAGCUGAGGGCACGUUUGUAAUGACUGAGUUAGGAUUAAAUUCAGGGAUUAACUGCAUGUGUGCCAUUAUAAAAGACGAAAGAAAUUGUGAAUUAUGGUGUGGCGGAAGCAAUGGCCAGAUAACGAUUUACCUAAUCAAAGAUCAGGUUGUAACAGGUCAUGAAGUACUGAAUCACUAUCAGCCUGUCAUAGAUAUUGUUGAUGUCAUAAACCUAGUAUCUGUCGAUAACAUUGUAUGGUCGUAUGUUAGACCUGGAUGCGUGGUUUACCAAUGGGACGUGACAUCAAGAUCUAUAGUUAAUAAAUUGGAUUGUUCUAAGUUGGUACCUUGUUCAGAAAGUCUCAAGUCCAUUGCCAUUGAAGAACAUUUAAGUCCGACAAAUUGCCAGGUAUCUAGUUUGGUAGUUCUCAACGACGAGCUUUAUAUAGGAACAACUUGGGGUUGUAUAAUUAUAGCGGAAAGAAAUUCUCUGCGCCCAGCUACGAUAUUUAGGCCGUACGAAGAAGAAGUGAAACUGAUUGUUCCUCUAGCAGUGCCGAAGAGCAACAACGAAAGUCACGAUAACAUUCCUCUUAUCGCUACUAUAGGAAGGGGCUAUCGUAACUUACUUUCUAGGUAUACCGACGUACCGUUGCCGGUGGGAACACCCCUACCCAGUCCGGUGUCAGCAAAUUAUACAAAUUAUUUAAAUAAGCCUAACAUGUUUAUUUUGUUAUGGAGAGCUGAAAAUUGGAACGCUGUUUGAAGAUGAAAUCUUGAUUGAGUUGUUAAAAACUUUGAAAACAAGUUACUUUACAGUAUUUAUGACUACUAAGGUUGAUACAGGCGCGACUCGUCUUUAAGAUCAUCUGGUCGAUGAUUUAUCUGAUUUUUUUAAAUGGACUAUUAGGGACUGGAUUAUUAGGGUGUAAGAGUCUUAACAAACAUAGUAACUGAAUUUGUAACUCUGGGCAAUUCAGGAUUGUCGAUGAAUACAUUUUUAUUAUUUUCUUCUGUUUAAAAUCAAGAUAGCUCUAGGUAGGUAAAAAUCGACGGCUGAGCUGAUAAUUCGCUGUUUUAUUUCACCGUUUAGUCGUAAUGCCUAUGAUUUCUAGCAUGUUACCUCACGGAGCAGCUUUCGUAAGAUGUGUUGUAUGCUGGCGAUAUGGUAAACAUAGAAACAAAAUGGGCUAGAGCUGCUGUUGUCGAUGUUAACGUUGUUAUGAUGUUGCGAUUUUUUUUUGUGUUUUUUUUUUGGUUUGAUAAUUUAUUUAGACGUUUUCAUGAAUUUAAUUUCAAAAGGAUGGAAAAAUAAGAAUAGGACAAAAAAUAACACAAAAUUGUUUUUACACCUUCCCACGUCUCCAUUUUCUCCACCUCUUUAACUUGGUCUCUCCUUAGACCUGAUAACGGUGUUGUCCCGAAUCUAUAAUAGAGGAGGCCCUCUUCCUCUAUUGCCUCAUUGUUGACUCUAUUGACCCUCCUCCCUCGAGUUGAUGACUCGCCAACUCGAUAUCCUCACAUUGGAGUUUUGAGCAUGGAUAAGGGUCAGCAGGUAGAUGGUAUCUUUUCCAUUGUAUGAUGGUCGCUCCUUUUGAGAUGUUUUCUCCCUUCACUGCAACCCGGCCCUUUCCAAUUCUUAAGCUUAGGUGCGUUUCCACCAACCGAUCCGCCGAUUUUUGAGAAUCACAAUAUAUGAAGAGCAUGCCCACCCGAAAGUGUAUCCCUGCAAAACGCAGCUUACCCACAUUUUUUUGACCGUUGCGGUGCAAUGCGUUCGCUAAUACUUCGUCCAAUAUCGCCUUCUAGAGGCGUUUGCUUGUCGGUGGUCAGUACAACCUCUGGGUAAUCCUUUGGCAGCAUUGCCAUUUUCACUUGUCCAGCAAUAGCGCCAUAGCUAGUGAUACGUCCCUGCCUGCUCGGUAUUGGACUGCUUUCCAUCCUGGCUUUUUACUCUCCUUGCCGGACCAGAGGUGAGAAGUUCUCGCUCCCUCUCUUGGGCUUUGGUAGAGAUGAGCCAGGCUGUUGCGCGGUUCCUUAGGAUGGUAGUUCCUUUCCUAUGGAGGAAGAACCAUAGUAAGAAGAAGAGUGAGAAAACCUGUUCAGUUUAUUUGCCUUGAUUUACACCAGUGUGUCCAGUAGCAAAAUAACAUAUUUUGACAUAUGCCAUUCAAUUAGUUUUAGUUACAUGUAAAUAUCCCACCCAUCUUUGAACCUUUACGAGUCGCGCCUUAUCAAUAAACAGCUCCAAUAUAGUAACUUUUUAUAAUUUGUAAGAAGUGAUGAAGAUUACAGUAACUUUAAUUAGUUUUGCUUUUUACACUUUAUGGAUAAAAAUAACUAAAACUAUUACCAACCAAAGAUGAAAGUUAGACUUUUGCUAUGCAUGUACAAA